UCCUCACCUCUUAAACCUUUCCAACCACAUCGCCCUCCUCUUCCUCCUACUGCAGGAACAGGCUGGGCUUGCUUUUCUCUUCGGAGUAGUGCUUCAGACUAUCCAACACUCGGGAUCCCGGCCAGCCUUCCUAACUCCUCCAUCCCACCUCUUGUCCUGAUCUAUCACCAACAUGCUACAAAUUAUUAGAAUAACAUCUGCUGAUCUCUGCUGGCUAGCUCUCGAUUUUCCUCUUAUAUGCCUGGUGACCGGAGCAGACUGCACGCAUCCACAGCCUUGGGCGGGCUGCUUAAACCCGGUCUCUCUCUCGUGUACUAGAGCAAACUGGCCGGUGCUCUCCCAGCCAGGCCGCGCGGUGCUCUCCCAGCCAGGCCGCGCGCUCCACCCCCUCCCCCAUCGCCCGAUAAUCAGGGUCGGCUCGGCUCGCCUCGUCUCGUCUCUCGCUACCGCGCUGGUUCCUUGGCUUCUCCAUAUCGAUUAUCUAAACUAGGCGACUUCUAUAAAGCAAUGCACCCACACUUUGUUCUGUCCUUCCUUCCAUUUCGAUCGUGCAGAGAAAUCAGCUUCUUCAGGCUGAU